CUCUGCCAAGUAACUAGCAUCAGCUGCGGUGGUUUUAUUUUUGUGUCGUACAGGCUCAUCAAAUAUAAUAAUAACCGACAGAUAUUUAAGGAGAGCGCUGUUUUAUUCGUUUUGUUCACGAAAGAACGACAGUGAGACGCAUCCAGCGUGCAAACCGUGGAAUAUAACGCGUAAUUUGGCGGCUAGCAGUUAUGACGGAGACUAGCCGGUGUUCAGUUUGAGUUCGAGAUAAACUGUUUCUUACUCGAGGAGAAAUCUAACACUGUCGCCUUGUAUUUGUUUACAUUGAUCAUUUUCUGAGUUAUAAUUCAAAGAGGCGGUCUCAUUUGAACAGGGAUGUGUAUAUUAUGGGUGUUUCGCUGUUAGUUGAGGUGUUAAGAUGAUGAUGAUGAUGAUGUGUGCAGUGUAGCAUGACACAGCAGGCUGUUGAGCAAAACACAUGCAAUAUCUUUAUUAUUCAGGAGACAUUAUGCUGACAGAAAACAGGAAGCGUCAGCGCGCUGAAGGUGACGAUGAAGAUGUUCAGAUGCCUCCGGCCAAAAGACUGAGUUCAACUCUCCAGAUCACUGACACUGCCAGAGAAUCAUGGGAGUCUGAGUCUUCCAGCAGUGAGAGUGGCAUCAGCAGUCCAGAACACGCCGCUGGCAGCAGCAGCAGCAGCAGCAGUAAUUGUGGACUGGACAUCAUUGGGCACCACUCUGGCCAUGGCACCUGCAGUCCCAUCAGUGCCUCCAAGCAGUCGGGCCCCGUGGACCUGCUCUCAUACCAGGACAUCAACCGGGUCCUGAGAGAGGCCCAUUUCCACAGCUUACAGAGCCGAGCUCAGUCCAAGCACAGGUGACUUUCAGGGACACUCUUCCUGUACCAACCCCUAGAAGACCGGGUACAACUCCAUCGCCAUCCUCAUUCAGACCUGCUCCUACUUUCUCAGAGAGCUCACGUUAUGUGCUUGGAUGGAAAAUAUGCCUUGAUACUGGGAAAACUCAUUGACUUAAUAGAGCUCUGAAAUGUUCAUUGUAAGCAAUGACAGCUUGACUGUGAUGCAAUCUUUUGGGAUAUUCAUACUGUGUGUAUUUUUCCUCCUAAUAAACUGAGAAACUGCAUUGAGAGCUGGAAUAAGAAUGAGUGGGGGAAUCUCAUGAAAACAUGUCCAGGUUACAUUUCACACCAAAUUCAAAACAGAGAAAAAAAUAAUUAAUUGAAAUUUGGGUAAAGAAAUGGAACCCAUUCUGAUAUUUUCAUGAUAUUUAGGCAUAUUUACCCACCAAAAUCAGAUUAUUGUAAUGCAUCUGGAAGUUUUACUUUUGUUUUAAUUUUAUUUUUGUAUUCCUUAUUUGAUUCAUAUUACUGUGAAAUACAUCAAGGUAGUUCAAGAAAUACUACCACAAUAUAUAGAUACUCAAGGAAUAUUCCAGGUUUAAUACAAGUUAAACUCAAUCAACUGCAUUUGUUCAUAAUUUUGAUUAUUACAAUAGAUUAAUUCAACUCAUCCCUCCUUUUCUUAAAAGGGAAAAUCUUGGUUCCAGUGACGCACUUACAAUGGAAGAGAAUUUGUCAAAUUUUUUAAUGUUAAAAUAGAAACUGUUUCAAAAGACAAACAAUAUGCAUAUAAACAUGAUUUGUGUGAUAAAAUCACUUGCUAACCUUUUCUGUGUAAAGAAAAAUUUAAGUACUUUCAUAAAAUUAUAAGCUUCACAUUUUUGUUUAAACCCGCCAAAAAUUUAUCCCAAACACUUCCAUUGUGAGUGCCUCACUAACUUCGAUUUUUGCUUUGUUUUAAUAGAAAUGAAGUGAUGAGUCUAAAGUUUUGUGAUAAUCAGCAUUGUUACACAAAUGCUGUCAAUUGAGAUUCACUUGUAUUGAAUAAAUAUUUGUUGACGUAUAUAAGUUUAUUUUUUUCUUCAUAUUGCAGUAAUGUAAAUAAAAAUAUUCAAUACAUUUGUUUAUUUCUUUUGAUUUUGGUGUGAAAUAUUGAAAUUUAGUGAGAUUCUGAUACAUAGUGUAGUGGGGUUUUGCAAUUGGGAUAUGUUUAUUUUAUUUAUUUUUAUAUAUAUAUAUAUAUAUAUAUAUUUUAUAUAUAUAUGU